CUGGAGUCGGGCGCCAGGUUCUCCUCGGCAAUCAGAGCUGCAGCCGAAUGGGCGACAUGUCACGGGCCAGUGGGGACGCGCGUGGGGACACGCGUGGGGACGCGAGGGAAAAGGGCACGACCGCUGCCGGCCCGUUCACCUUCAGCCCGGAACCCACGCUUGAGGAUAUCCGCUGUCUCCAAGCUGAGUUCGCCGCUGAGAGAGACUGGGGCCAGUUCCACCAGCCUCGGAACCUGCUCCUGGCCUUGGUGGGGGAAGUGGGGGAGCUGGCAGAGCUCUUUCAGUGGAAGCCGGAUGACGAGCCUGGACCCCAAGCCUGGCCUCCCAGGGAGCGGGCAGCCCUCCAGGAGGAGCUUAGUGAUGUCCUCAUCUACCUGGUGGCAUUGGCAGCCCGCUGCCAUGUGGAUCUGCCUCGAGCAGUGCUCUCCAAGAUGGAGACCAACCGGAGACGCUACCCAGCCCAUCUGUCCUGCGGCUCUGCCUGCAAGUAUACGGACUUGCCCCAUGGGACUGUCUCCAAUGACCGGGCUGUGGGGCCUGUAGACCUUGUCCCCGAAUCCACAGGCCAGGCCUCCACCUAGAGGCAUGGGUGUAGGACUUGCGGCUCAGCACAGAACCUAAGGAGAAGACCACAGGACCGUGUUCUAGUACUUUCUGAAAAGAUCAUGGUCUGGGGACCCCGUCUGCUUAAGCCUGAGAUCAGCACUAACCUGAAGACAACUUCCUGUUGUUUUCUUUCCCAAUAAAACAGCUUGGGCAGCGA